CAAAAGUCUUCUUCUUCUUGAAGAAUCAGUUCGUUUCUGCUUUCAAAUUGAAGCCAAUUAAAUAAGCUAUUAUCUAACAAAUAGAACAAUGUUUGAAAAUAUCGAUAUUUCAGGAUAAGCGGACAAAAAUAAAGUUUUAAAUUCCAUUUAAAACUGCAUUUUCAAUUGCAAAUUUGUGUGUGCAAGAAAUGUCAUUCAAUCAACUUAAUUGCUAAUGGGAACUGAAAAAUUAUUGACUGAAAAUAUUUAAGAAUUAAAAAUUCUUGCAGAGAAGCAAACGACUUAAAUUAAAAGCAAAAGCUAAAUAUUCAGCAUGGACUAAAGAUUCUUUUAAAACUGAUUAUUCCGUUCACAAAAAUUGUUGACAAUCCAGCCGAGAGAUUCGGUAGAUAGGUACUUCUAUAAAUCGCAUGACAUUCUUUUGACAUUUCCCGAAUUUUCAACGGUUCAGGAAAUAUCGAGAUGUCAGUAGGUGCUAAAGAGUGAAGUACAUUUUUGCAAUCAGUGGACUUCGGAGCUCUAUUAUUUCAGAAAACAUUGAAAAUUCAGGAAAAGUAAAAAGAAUAUCUUUUGGUUAAAAUUGUUCAUAGAGUUCACAUGUGAACUAUCAUGAAUGCCUCGGCCGACACCCUGUAUACAGAACUGCUAAAUGUAGAAAACAUAUUGUUGAUACGAAAAACCAAGAGAAUUGAAAAGUCUGUAAUUGAGCGUUUAUCGAUCGUAUCAAAGAUGCAAUGAUGGUUGUAAAUAAAAUAGUAUUACCUCGGUAGGAAGUUCCAGUCCUGUCUGGAGAUCAUAGCUUCGCGUCUCGGUAAGCUACUAAUCUCUCGACAGUAAUGAAACGCUUCCUACCUCGGUGUUUAAUAUUCUACUAUUCUUCUUUUACUCGAAAAUAGGGCUUCGCAUAGUAAAAAAGUCAAAGAGACAUUUUCUGUUCCGAUUCGCAUACGCAAAUUUGUCAUUAAUGAGCUCGCAUAAACUUUAUUUGCAAAAUGCGUGGUUUAACAAAGUUGAAACAAGAGCAAACCAAAUCUGAAGUAAAAAAACACCCUGUUAAUAGAAUAUAAAUGAACCAUUGGAAUUGGAAGUGAGGUUUUGUUGUAUUUUCGUUUAUGAGAUUUCCUUUAGGACGCGUUUUUACAUCGAUUAAUAUUGAUGUUUAUUGCUAUUGUGGCAAUUUUGUUUAUUUCGGUUUUUAAUGCUAGUAACGUUUCUUGUCGCAUUAGCAGAACAAUUAUUUCAACAAGAAGAAGCUGUGUUAAGGAAUCGUCUAUCGUUAUGGGUUCGUGCCGACCCUUACAAGAUAUUAGUGAGUGCGGAAAUGACAAUAGUCUUGAGCCUGCUGAGAAUAUAGCAGAAGUAAGCUAUAGUCAAAGUGGUUUGUUCUCAAUUUCGCAUAGAUCGAAAAAAGCGACCAAAAGGAAGGCACUGCACAACGCAUUUGAUCAAGCAUGCUCCCUAUUUUGCGAGCCAUCUUUAAGUCACAUACCGGAUCCAGCCGGCUCAAAUGAAAACUUGGAAACCACAAUAUCACCUAGUAAGGCUCUGCGACGAAAACGGAUGGACAGAACUCCUUCAAACAAUAAUGGAAUAUUGUCUACAUCAGCAUCGGAUUACAGUUUUCUGGCAAACGCCAGCAGCAAUGUAAAAAAUGAAAGACUCAGCCCGAGUACUGCCGAAAAUUCAUCUGGAUCUCAUGGCGUUACGCCUAGCUCAAAUACUCAUAACGAUACCAUAUCGUCGGCAGAUCCUAUGGCUUUAGUUGGUAGAGAUUGUAGUAACUAUAUUCGUAAAUUAGCUGCCAAAUACAAUAAUGCGAAUCCUAAUGAAUACUUUAGCAGAGUAAGAAAUGGAUUACCACUUAGUAUAAACCAUCGAGCAAAGCCCCCAUUCAGUCCAUUGUCGUUUCCUGCUCCACUAAUGCCGAGUUUACCACUCCCAACAAGUACCAAAGAAGCUGACGUGGCUGCAAGGAAACCGGAGUUUCCGUCGUUAAUAAAUCCAUUUCUUGGAUCACCGCCGAUUAUAUCAGCAUUUAUCGAUAUGUCUACAACCAAUCGCUUAUUGAGCAUGGCCAAACUUGCAAGGGAAACUGAAAUGCAGGAGCUGUUCAAAUGUAUUAAGCGACCAGAACCAUCCGGACCCAUGGACUUGUCAUCAGCAGCACCUGUCCCCAAAAGAGCACGUUCAAACACCGUUUCCAUGAGUAUGUCGAGCAGUAGCAUAGGGACUCCGCCCAGUGUGCCAAAAACGCCGGAAAGUCCAUCUCUCCAAGAGGAUAUUAGUGGAUGGUCCGUGGAAGACGUCGCAAAUUUCCUAACUGGAAUUGAUAUUUGCGCCGAAUACGCACCGAUGUUUCGCGAACAGCAAAUAGAUGGAAGCGGCCUUCCUUUACUCACUGAGGAACAUUUAACGCAAACGCUCGGAAUGAAGUUGGGACCUGCCUUGAAAUUGCGCUCAAUAUUGGCGAAAAAACUUGGAAACUAUACCAAAUAUUGUUCAAGUUGUCAUUCAAACGCAAUUAAUGAUAUUGAAUCUCCGCCGAGAAAUGGCGAAAUAUCUCCAGAUUCGGCCCCUUCUAGAUAAGUGAUCGGAAGAAGGAGUUUUUAACGUAUGUGUUAUACAGGGUGCACAAGAUAAGGAUGCUUUGCUUGGUGAUCUCCCAAACCGUAAGAGAUACGAAGUGAAUUUUCCGGUUUGCGUUUUCCUUUAUUUCUAAAAUUAUUUCAAAUAAUAUACAAAAAAACUUUCUGAUAGCACCUUUUAUCAUUUUCCAAAUAUCCAAAAUUAACCAAAAACUAAAAUAAAAACUUGUUUUUUGAAAACGUCAUGUAUGUAAGUUGAUGUCAUAACUUUUCUAAUUUAACCGACUUUGUAUCUCUUACGAUUUCGUAGAUCCCCUUGGAAAGCAUUGUAAUAUUGGUCACCCUGUAUAUGUAUAAAUAUAAUAAAAAUAGAUGCCAAAAUUACUUAAAUUGACCUUUUCGGGUAAGUAUAUGAAAAUGCUUUUUAUAUUUGAUUUUUUUAGUAAAUAUUUUUAUAACUGAAAUCUUAUAUUAAUAAUUAAAAAUUAAUGUAUAUAAUAUAUGUAUAUUAUUUGAAAACAGUGUAAAUAGUAUGUUGGCAAACAUGUGUAAUACGUAUAGUUAUGUGUAAGUAAUGAAUUAAGUAAUUCAAUGCAGAUAAUUAAAAAUUGCAAACAACAAUUUGCUUCAUUGGUGCUCAAUACAAUAUUUCUCAUUUGCAACUUUAUCACACAAAUAGACAAAAAUUGUACAGUGAAAGCCUAAAAUGCCAACGGAAAUACGUAUUUUUAUACAAUUAUUAUGCUCUUUAAUUAUCGAUAGUAUACUUUUCAAAUUUCCAGCACACAAACAUAAAAAUUCAUAUUUGAAAAAAUUGUUGAUCUAAGAUGUUCUGUAAAAGUACAGUACAGCGUUGAAGCAACAACUCCAACAAUAUGUGUUGUUGAUUAGAGCCAAUAGCAAACACCCCAGAACCGGUUUCGAUCGACCUCUUAGAUCUGGUCAGAUGGGAUUAGUUUGCAAAAACAUGAUAAUGAUAAAUACAAUAAAAAUUGUUAACAAAAAAUUUAAGUGCUCGCUUUUGCAAGCGAAACUCUGAUGCAUAUCAGAAAACCCGUAGAUUUAUAACAAACUCGUUAUAGUUACAGUAGUUUUAAUAUGUACAGUUUGUCGUAAUGUAAUAAUAUGUAUAUAUAUUUUUAAACGAUAAUAACAAUUAUUUAUUAUUAUUAACAAGUAGUAUUAAACAAGUUGCCGAAGUUGCAAUAACUCGAUUUAUAAGUAUAAUAUAAAUGUAUUUAUAAUAGAAGUAGAAAAUUUUUGUGUUUGUUAAUUUUAUAGGCCUGAAGGCUAUUGGAAAUACGAGAAACAAAAUAAUUUUCAAGUGUUUUAUUUUCUCGUCCGAUAAAAGCUAGACAAAGUACUGACUGAUUGAAAUAACUAAAAAAUGUUUGUAUGUGUGUACUAAACUUAAUCAAGACAUUAUCAUUAAUCCAGACCAAGUUGCUUAUCAAAAGUGUGUGAUUAAAAUUAGGAAAAAUUAUCAAUCUUUUUCAAUCAAAUUUCGCGUUGAUAGCGCAGAUUAAACAUGCAAACAAGGUAUUUCAUGAGUAAAUAAGUAAUAACCACAGAUAAUGAUAGACAGCUGGAAAAACAAUGCGGCAAUGAUAGUUUUUCCAGUAUACAUAGAAGCGCUUGCGUUCUGCCAGCUCUUUAAGGGUUUUCCAAGCAUCCAGGUCGUUAUUCUCGCAAGUUUCCUUCUAACUAUAGUGCGCAAAACUCAGGCGAUCGUUCGUCUGUAUAUCGAUUUUCCACAUUCAUCCCACAUAUUUACCAGACCAAUUCAGUAUGGAUGUUAUAUUGAAUGAGAGGUAUUCACUUUUGAUACUUUGGGUUUCCAGAUUUACGAAAAACUUGACUGGAAAGUAACUGUGUGCCGACUGUGUAUUUAGUGAUGUUUGGUUGGAUUCAAGUGAAUUCCGGAAUAAUUACGAAUAUUUAAUGCUACAAUUUGAGGUUGCAAACAUUAGGAAAUUUUUCCGUUUACUUUAGGUGAUCUAUUACCAACGCAUAACGAGCUAUAAAAUAUGACAGUGGGGCUUUAAGCACUAAAAAACCGAGUUUAUAAAUAAAUGUUUUGAAUUGAAACUGGAGAUGAAGAAGGUGCGAAAUGACCUGCCAGCUGAAAAAAUUUCAAUUUCAAGUAUGGCCGAGAGUUUCAUUGAACAAAAUUACCGUGUCUUGCUCCUGCUGACCCUCUGCAUUGCUGGAAUAGUUGCAUUUUGCGUUAUUUAUGCGACAUUUCCCACACCCAGUGUUACGAUCAGAAAGAUCUCACUGGAAAACGCAAAUAUUUUUGAUCAGAUCUCAUAUUGUGUGAGUUGUAAUCUACAAUGUGAAUUGUUUGAAAUGAACAAAACCAAACCAAAAGUUUUUAAACCGCAAUCGACAUGCCCUUAUCGCAACAAAAAGAAGCAGUUCACGGCCCUUGCUUUACCUCGAUUCUAUUGCACACUUGAGGAUGUUACCAAUCCAGAGGCACGUAAAAUACCCAUUAUCUACCAGAAGCAGCUGGCCAAAAACAAUUCCAACAACGAAACACAGAGUGCAGUUGUAAAUUACAUAAUCGCGGCUCUGCUGCUCACUUCCUUGGGAGCUGCUCUAUUGGAAUUCUACAGGGCCAAGACUUCAAGGAACAAGAAAAACGAGUCGAAAGGAGCAAAAGCCCCGUUGAAUAAAAAAUGCUCGUUAGCUGAUCUCACCGUUCUGAAGCAUCAUCGCAGAGAGCUGGUAAGGAGGGAAAGUAUUCUAGAACCGCACUGUGAGGACGAAGGAAACUAUCAGCAGCAUCAGGGUAGGCGGAACUCUACCCGCCCACAACUGCGACUAGACUAAGGUUUUCAACCUUCACCCCUUCAACGUAGAUGUUCUUUCCCGGCUUCUCUUUCAUCGAGCGAUGAUACAAUAUUAGGCAGAGUAGGAUAUUCGCGCAGAAAUUCACGGAAACUAUCAAUGACUGGUGAUUUUCGAAGAAGAAUGUCGGCAGUUAACGAAGUGCGGAAGCUCUCAAUUCUGCCAGACGAUGAGGUUUGGAGAAGAGACAGCCUAAUUGGAGAAGAUUCUUCGCCGGAGCGUAGAGCCCACCAUUCCAGACUUGUGCAUAGACAUUGAGAGGCAAAUUAUCUUAAAACCUUCCAUUCCCUAACAAAGGGAACCUGAAACCGCUUUACAAUCAACGAACAUUAAAUUUGAUAUUCAGUUAACUAAGAAUGAUUUCAGACUCUCUCACUUCUGUCACUUUGUGCUGUUCCAUAAUUAAUUCAUAUCUUAGAAAUAAAUAACAUAUUUUUAUAAUAACUCUUAUCUACAACGUACAUAUAAAUGAAAUGAAAAUUAUAUACCUCAAUGUCUAUGCACAUAAUAAAAUUUAUUAUAUUUUGAUAAACUUUAAAAAGUAUUUUUAAAUGCAUUUAUGAUGACUGAAGCAUCUAUACAUACAGCUGAUUUCACCUCAGUAUUUGUUAUGAUCUGGAUAUUGUCAUAAUUGCAUCCAUAUAAUAAUGUGAGACUAAAUAAAGUCGUAGAUACUACUACUAAAAAUUAUGACUAAUAAGGUAUUGUAUAAAUAAAAACCGUAUAAAAAACCAGAAAGAAAUUAGCAACAGAAUUAAAUAUAAUACAAAACAACUAGGCAAAAAUUCAUGGUUUUGUAACGAAACAGUGUCUCUAGAAUAAUGAAAUACAUAUCUCUAAAACACCAGGA